AUGCCCCAGAUUCGAAACUUCUUCCCCAAGCGCCCCGCCGUGAACCUUGUGCCGGCUGCCAGUGACCCCCCAGUUCUGCAGAAUGUGGUGGGCAAUGGCCCGAACGGAUUGCAGCGGACAUCAUUGACUCUCCGACGCAGUGUGGAUGAAAAGCCCAAUGAGUACAAAAUGAGUGUUGUCAAUGAUAACGGGGUCUAUCUUCCGCCCUCACCCACAGAGAAGAAGAGCUUCUGGCGCAAGCCAUCCUCGCAAAAUAACACAAGAAGCCUCGUCGAUGAGAAUGAGCCGUUCCCUAUAUCCCGAGAAUCCUUCGACUCCUAUCGCCGUUCAUUCGACAUCUGCGCCCGCUCCCCCGUCAGCCAAUCCGACAGCGGCCUCUCCCGCACCUCCUUCGAAUCCCGCCUCUCCCGCCCUACAACAACUCCUCGCUCGACAAUCAGCGGCUACACCUUCGACCCUCCAUCAGAGUCUCCACAUGAAGUGCGGGGUCAGCAACAGGAGCAUGAGGAUGCAGAUGAGCAAGACCAAGAGCAAUUUGUAGACAUAGGUCUGAAUGACGAUGCGAAACUGAAGAAGAAGAAGGGCUUUUUGGCCCGCUUGGGGGACAACGUGAUGACGGCUUCUAUGCCUACUCCUAAUACUUCUACUUCUACUGCAGCUGGCACUGGCACUGGCGGAGUGGAAGCUGCGGAUAAUAACAAGGUUGGUUCGUCACAUUUGAGUUUGGGCUUUCAUUUGCCUGGGCGGAAGCGGGAGCAGAGUGAUGGUGCUGGUACUGGUGCUGGUGCGAUUCAGGUGGCUGAGCUGGGAAGCUUGAAGAUCCCCGUUAUGGCUGAUGCCAAGUGAUAUGAAUACGGCUGUGCCGAUGAUGAAUUGAUCACGGUGGUGAAUCAGGUCGGUUGAAUGAUAACGGGGAACUGCGUGUCUUUUCACGUUUCACGUACGCUUCUUGUAAGAAGUGUUGUUUGUUUUCUUCAUAAGAAUAUCUCAGACUUUGGAUUGGGUGGUCUGUUUCUAUUGGACAUAUUUGACUCAGGGUUGAUAUCUGUCGCUUCCUAUUUCAUGUUUACGGCCUUGAGGGAACUUUGGGGAAACGGUUUUGGAUCUUUUUGUUUACCUUGCGGUGUUAUAUGGAAGCCUAUUAAUAUUACUUACACGAAUUAUAAACAUAUAUCUAUAAUACUGAUG